GUCCAAAUCCAAGUCAUUUCGUGCGAAGUGUGGAACCAGAUAAAUGAAAUGCCCUUUCCUCUUCUUUUGAAAUCCAAGGCGGGAGGGAGAUAACGGGGCGUCCAUGGCAGAAACCCUAACAUCGUCCCAGUCUGCUACGGAAUCGAUCCACUUGGAAAGCAUUCGCAGUCGCUUGAAGGUUCUCUCUGAGACGCGAGACAACCUCUUGAACUCUUCUGAUGCCUCAUCGGAGGAUUCGAAGGUGUUAGAGGAUUGCAUUUUCAAUUUUGAGGAAAAGCUUAAGCAGCUCGAUGGGCAGGAACAAGAUGUUGCAUCUCUGAGCCUUGAAGAAUUAGAUGCAUACAUGGAUAAAUUGAAAAAGGCAAUCUGCUCAGCGGAAGAAGAGAACUCAAAAGUUUCCAGUGAAAUCGAGGCACUCACGAAAAUGUUUGUUGAAGACUCUGUUCAAUUGGAUGGUGAAAUUGAAGCAUUGAGUUACUCAAUGAACUUCAUCGAUGCAAAGGGUCUAAAUUCUUUGAGUUCAAUUCAUGCUGAUGAUAGGGUACUCAAUGGAGUGAUGCAUGAAAGCCCAUUGCACUUGUUUAACGAGUACAAAUUUGAGGUUAAUGUUUACUUCACUUGCUUUGUUAUUUCACUUUAUUGA